UUUAAAAGUGAAUCAGUGAUCGAUCAUUGAAAAUUUUGUUGCAAUACAAAACGAAAUUACUUUCGACUCGAUCUAUAAUUCUUCUCCAUAUCAACAAGGUUAUUUAAACAGAUGAUAAAACAUUGUACAACGUCACCGACCUUGAGAGAAAUUAACCAAUGUUUAAAUUUGAAUCGUGGAACUAACAAAAAUGUCGAAAAUCAAGAAGUUAACUGGCUCAUUUCGCUAUACACAGUGGGACCCUUGUCUAAUUAUUUCACAGAUAGUGGCAAUGCAGUUUGUAAUGUAUCUCACACUCAGUCUUUUGAUAGCUUUAAUGCAGGAUUUGACGUCUUCAACGCGAACUUUAGACCAUUUGUUCGAAUAUCAUGAAAUACAUGUGAAAGACAAUGAAGGCAGAUCAAUUAUAUUGGCAUUUGUAUUGAAUGCAUUAGUAGGUGCAAUGGUACUGUGGACUUUAGUGGGGAGGACGAAGUUGUGCUUGGAUUUUAGUUGCACCUUCUACAGUAUUCACUUACUGUUCUGCUGGGUGUACAACGGCAGUUUCCCCACGACUUUCUCCUGGUGGGCGCUCAACAUAGCGUGUGCGGCGAUAACAUGCGUGGCAGGAGAGUUUCUCUGUCUCCGAACAGAGCUUCAAGCGAUACCCCUCAGUAAUAUUGGUGCUAAAGUUGAUUUAUGAAAAUUACCAUAUACUGCAAUUUUUACUUAAAAACAUGGUGUAGUGAAGUUUAUGAUGUUAUUAACUCAAGAUGAUAUUCUCUAGGAAACAAAUGGCUUUGAUAUGCCUUAGUUUGAGCUGUGAAUUGUGAUGUUUAAAGAAUUAAGACCUCCCUACACACAUCAGUUAACAAGUCAGUCAUUAUUCAAUAAGACUUGUUGUUAAAACUUUAGGACUGUAUUCUAUUAGAAGAUAUACAAAUGGAUCAAUUUAAAGUGGAAGUAAUCAAGAUCUAUCACCAUGUAUGUAUCAGUUUCUCAAUACCGGGAUAAUUUUUAAACAGUAAUUUCUCCCUUUCUGACAUAUGCGAUUUUACAUUCGAGAGAAGAGGACAGCAUAGUAUGCUCUCUGUUUCUUUUAGAGAUAACUGGAAGAGAACACCCUUUGGCAUUGUGUCUUUUGCAUAAUGCAAAUGAAUAUAUCAAUAAAUUGUUAUAUAAUAACUAUAAAAUCCGUAAAUGUCAACUUCCAUUAACUGUCAGUGU